AUGAAUAUUGAAGAUCUAGAACAUAUAACAUUCUUGAAGUAAUAUUAAGGAAAUAAUUAGUUAAACAUCGAUUUAUGGAACUGCUAAUUUCAGAAGUAAAAUUGGGAAUGAUAAAUUUGAAAAAAUGAAAUUGAAAAAACAAUUGAAAAGUUAAAGUUUUAAUACUUGUGGAAGUGGUACACCCAAAGCAAGAAAAGCUAAAAAAACUAAAACAAAUAUAAUCUUAAGGAAUGAAGAAAAUAUAUUUGGAAGCAAAUUUGAUUAUGAUAAUUUGUCAAAAAAGGAUAUUUCAUCAGCUAAAAUGACUUUUGGUGCUAAGUCUGAAAAAAUUAAAUAAGAUAGCACUUAAUAUGUAUAUUAAUGUUCUAACUUCAGAUUAUUUAAUAAAUUAAUGAAAAAGUUUAGAAACAAAAAUACAAAUUUGCUUAAGAAAAUAUGAAAUGUAGAACUGAAAAGACUAUUAAUAAUAGUGAUAAUUUAUUCUAUAAAAUGAACAAAAAAUAUCAAAAAAUUAAAGAACAAACUGAAUCAAUUUAUUUAGUUGAUUUAUAUAAAAUAUAUGGAUAUCAGAGAUUGAUAUAUGAAAUGAAUGUAAUUUUUUAUUUAAAUAGAUCUAUCAAGAUAAUUAUAGUUUCUUGAAACUUAGAAAAAUCAUAGUCAAAUUAAUCUAUGGAAUACUAAUCAUUAUAAAUUACAUGUAAAGAACCAUUUUUUACAAAAUUUUUAUGUCAAUCGUUAUAUUGGUUAAUUUAAUCAUUUUUGUAUCUUAAAUCAUAGAAGAUGAUACGUUUGUUGUUUAUGAAAUAAGUAUUAUGAAUUAUUUAAAUUAGUGGUAAUUUACAUAUACAUUUGUGAUUAAAUCUUAAGAAUACUUUCUAAAGGAAUUAUUGGACAUAAACAUGCCUAUUUUAGAGUUGUUAAAAAUUGGUUUGACUUAAUUUUAACUAUCUUAUAAAUUAAUACUACCUUACUCCAUAAUAUUGUAUAAGUAAAUUUCUCUCCAUUAAGAUUAAUUACGUUACUUUUAUAUUUGGGUGAUUUUGUGCCAGGUAUUUAUUUAUUUAAAAAUUAGGUUUGAAAAUAAUGUUAAAAUCUCUUGGAAAAUCAUUAAAAUAUUUAUUUGAAGCUUUCAUCAUAGUAAUAAUAUUUUGUUUAUUUUUUGCCACCUUUGGCUAAAGUCUUUUUCAUGGUUUAAUAAAUUAUCGAUGUUUACCAAAAUAUUAUGAUUCUCUUGAUUCAUAACCAUGGAUAUCAUGUAAAAUUACUUCAUGUCCUGAUGAUUUAAUUUGUCAAUAUGUUUCUUAAGGACCUAAUAUUCCAACAUCAUUUAAUAAUAUUUUAUCAUCUUAUGCUUAAGUUUUAAGAACUAUUACAAUGGAUGAUUGGACUUGGAUUAUGUAUGUUACACUUAAAAGUUAUGGAACAUAUAUUUGGGUUUAUUAUCUAUUAAUUAUUUUUUUUGGAGGUUUCUUUGGAUUUAAUUUAGUUAUAGCUGUUUUAAAAAUUCAUUAUAGUUAAUAAACAAAUUUAAAAUUAAAUCAAAUCGAAGAAGAUGAUCAACAUUAAAAAGAAUAAAAAUUAAAUUUACAAAAUCUUAAAUAAUUUGGAUUAUAUCAUCCUAUUUAUUAAUACAAAAUGUAUUUAAAAGGAGAUCAUCAAUUAUUAAAUAAGAGUUUUUGUUCAAUAGCAUCAAACAUUUCAGAUUAACCUCGUAUUCUAUCUGGAAAGCAUUAUUCUAAAUAUGAAAAUAGAUUUUAAUUCUUGAAACAAUUCUCAUUAAAGACUUUAUUGCUUCCUAAAUUUUUAGAUAUUAGAAAAUAUUAAAAUUUGCUUCAAGAUUUAUAUGAUAAUUUAUUGGAGAAGCCUGAUAUAAAUAUGUAAUGUUUGACUCAUAAUGAAUUUACAAGAUAUUGGGCAAAUGCAAAAAAUGUAUCAUAUAUCUCUAAAAGUACAACAGAUGUAAUACUAUUUAAAUCUGAAAAAAUGCUUAUAUAAAAAAGAAUCUUAGAGUUUAGAUUCAAAACUAAACCUAAAAGUAAACUUACAAAUAAAAAAGAACUUAAAUUAUUUCCUAUUUUUAAAAGCUAAAGAUUGAAAGAUAAAAUAGAAUCAUUUGCUUCAAGUGGUAUUACACUUAUGGAUAUCUAACAUCAUUAUUCGAAAGCCACUUCUUAAAUAUAAACUAUGUCCAUUCAUCCAAAUAAUAAUAAUAAUUUAAUUAUUUCAUCUCAAAUAAAAAGAAAUACUAAUGCCUUCAUUUUACAUAAAGAAAAAGAAAUUUAUAUUAAAAUUUAUGGAUUCUAUCAUAACUAUAAAGCUGUAUCAGAGCUGAUUAAUAAAAAGAUAUAAAUUAGAAUUGAUGAUCAAAUUAAAGAUUAUGAAGAAAAAUAUCUUUAAAUAAGAAUGUCAGAAAUUUAGUCAGGUAUCAUAGAAUCAAAAAACUGUUCCAUUUCAUCUGUUAUUAAUAAUUAUGAACAUAAAAAUAUUAUAAAACAUUCAUUAAAUCAUGUUGAUUAUUUAAUUUGGUUAGUAGGAAUAAGUGGUAAAAUUAUCAUUAUUAGGAAAAUUACUUUUAUAAUCAUUACUCAUAAAUUUACCAACUUUUUUGUAGUUUGUGUAAUAUUAGUAAACUUUUUAUGUUUAAGCUUAAUUGGUAUUAUUUCUAAUGAAUUUCUAUCAGUUAUAGAAGAUUUUACAACAAUUAUUGUUUCACUUGAAUUAAUCUUAAAAUUAAUAUCUUUUUAAACAUGUAAUAAUUGUUUUUAUCUUUAUUUUAGCAAAAUUAAUUUAAAAAGAGUAAAUAAUUUUAGAAUCAUUUAUCAUUGUUAUCAAUUUUAGUGAAAUGACAUUCAGAUCAAUUUUAAAUGAGGAAGAUAUAAUAUAUAGAUUAAUAAGAGGAACUAAAAUUCUUUUAUUUCAUAGAUGUUUAAAAUAUAUUAGAAUGGCAGCAUUAAUAGGAUUGAUAGCAAAAAGAACAUUUAAAUAAUAUAUCUAUUUGACAUUUUUAAUGUUUUUAAUGAUUCUAAUAUAUGCUUUACUUGGUAUGGCAGUUUAUGCUAGUAAUUUCGAUGAAACUACAUUGAUUGGAUAAUUACAUCCAUACAGUGAUCCAUUAAAAUCAUGGAUGACUGUAUUUAACAUAAUGACAAAUAAUUGGUAUUGUAUACUAAGAGUUGGAAGUUAGAUAAAUAAAAUAUUUGCAUUUAUCUAUUCAUUUUCUAUGAUUCACUUUUUAAAUUAUAUUACAUAUGGUUUGGUAAUGGCAAUAUUAUUGGAUGGUUUUGGAGAAUAUUUAGUAGAAAUUAAAAAAGAUUAAUAUAUUAAAUUUAAAGACGAAUAGUAAUCAGAUUCAGAUGAUGAAGAUAAAGAUAAAGAUAAAGAAAAAGGGAAAGGUACUAAAUCAUUUAAGUAAUUAUCUUAAAAUCAAUAAAUUUAAAAGGAUACUUAAUAUUGGUAUCUUUUAGAAUCAAUAUGUAAAUUAUUUCAAUAUUUUAAUAGAAUAAUUAGUAAAAUAGAUAAAAACAAAAAAGAGAAAAAUAUAUUUGGGAAUAAAGUGUAAGGAAUCUUUAUUUUGUUUUGACAAAUACAAUAAAUAAAGAAUUUUCUGUGUAAAAACAAUCAGAUCAGAAAUGUUUUAUUGGAGUAGAUUAACAUUGAAUAUAGGAUUCAUUAUUUUGAUUGCAAUAUAAACAUAUCAAGUUGAAUAUAUUGUUAUUAUUGACUCUUUGAUUUUUAUAACAAAUCUUAUGAUAACAAUAUAGACAAUUAUUCUGAUAAUAGCUUUGGGUUUAUUUCAUGAAAAAGGAACUUAUAUUUAAGUAAGCUUAAUCCUUAAUUUAGCACAUUUGGUAAAUUACAGACAUAAUCUAUUUAGUAUGUUACUAUCUAUAAUUGAUAAAUACAGAAAGUAGAAUCCUACAUUUAUUUUUGUAUUUAAAAUAUUUAAGACCAUUUAAACUAUUAUAUUCAUUUAAACCAAUUGUAAAACUAUACAAUUCUUUGGUGGCAGCUUUACAUAAUAUGAUUAAUGUGUUGAUAACUUUAUUAAUUAUUUGGACUAUGUUUGCAGUUUAUGGUAUGAUUUUAUAUUAGAAUAAAUUUGGUUUUUGUGAUGAUUUGAUGUAGUUUGAUAUUAAUAAAUAAUAAUGUGAAGACGAAGGAAGAAGAUGGAUAACAUAUUAACAUAAUUUUGACAAUAUCACUGUUGCUUUACCAACAUUAUUUAUAAUAUCAACAUUUGAUGGUUGGGGAGAAAUUUUAUAAGUAGCUAAAAAUUCAAGACUUCCACAUUAAGGUCCAGCUCCAUUUGCAAAUUAAUUGCCUACAUAUAUAUUUCUCACAUUAUUCUGUUUCAUAGGUUCCAUGUUUUUCUUAAGUUUAUUUACUGGUCUAUUAUUCCUAAAUUUAAAAGCAAGUUAAUAGAAAAUAGAAUAUGAUGAUCUAACAGUCUAUCAAUAAGAGUUUAUUUAAAUUUCACAGAAAAUUUUAAUGGAUUCUCCUUCAUUUUCAUAGCCUCCUAGAAAUAUUAUUAGAAAGAUUGCCUAAAAAUUAAAUAAAAAUUAGUACUUUUAAUAUAUAUCUUUUCUUAUAUUAAUAGUUGAUACAAUCAUCUAAAUGUCAUUUUAUUAAGAUAUGGAUAUUGAAAUCGCUUUGGAAUUGAAUCUAUACUAUGAAAUCAUAUCGAUUCUAUUCACUUUUUGGGUUUUAAUUUAAUUAUUAGAUUAUGGAUUUAAGAGAUUUAUUGAUGAUUAAUGGAGAAAGUUCUAUUCAUUAAUAGUAAUAAUUUCAAUUUUUGAAUUAAUUGCUACAAAAAAUUACAAUUUAUUUUAAAUUCAGAUUACAUCUACUAUGUUUACUGAAAAUUAUUAAAUAAUUAGACUAUUGUUUGCUUUAAGAAAUCUUAGAAUUCUAAUAUUAUUUAAGGGAUUUGAAGAUCUUUAGAGAUUAAUUAGAAUUAUGAUUUUUUCAUUUCCUUUUUUGGGAAAGAUUUUAUUCAUUCUUGUAGUAACAACUUUAUCCUAUGCUUUACUUGGAUGUUAAUUAUUUGGACAUAUAGAUAAAGGGAUUAUUAUUGAUUCUUAAAUUAAUUUUUCAACCUUCACAAGUUCGCUUCUAACAUUAUUAAAGUGCAUAACUCAUGAUAAUUUUCGAAGUAUAAUGUCUGACACAAUGAUUCAUAACAUAUAUUGUUAUGAUGAUCCAAAAUAUUGUGGAUCUUAAUUUGCAUAAAUUUAUUUUAUUUCUUUUGUUUUCAUUUCCAAUUAUGUCUUAUUAAAUUUAUUUGUCUUAGGAUUAAUUGAACAAUUUGAAAAAUUCUUUUAAUCUGAGAAUUCAAUACUAUAAGUAUAUAUUGAAUCAAUUGAUAAAAUAAAAACUGUUUGGUGUAAAUAUUCUUAUUAAAAACACGGUAAAGCAAUGCAUUAUUUAUAAAUUUGUAAGUUUUUGUUAGAGAUUGGUUAACCAUUUACACACGUUAAAGAUAAUAUUUGGGAUGCAGCACGGUUAGCUGGUUAUUUAAAGAUUAGAACUGAUGACCAAGGCUAUAUCUAAUUUAAUUCAUUAAUUUAUGAAAUUUUUAGAAGAACUUUCAAAUAAUAGGUUUUUAAAUUAGGUUCCGAAGAUUCAAUAAAAAUCAUUAAAAAGUUUAAUAAAGAAAUGCAAAUGAGAUUAUUUUAUUUUAGAAGAGACAAAUUCUAGAAAAGAUCUUUUAUUGCAACUUAUGUUGAAUUUAAAAGCAAUUUUAGUAUAGCUAGCGAUUAUUUAUCAAUUUUGGUUAUUUUUAAAGCAUGGUAAAAUUAUUCUAAAUAAUUAAUCAAAAAAUCUAAACUAGAAUAGGAAGAUUUUUCAGAUAAUUCUUCAUUUGGAUAAGAAGUAUAGUAAAUAAUUUAUUUUAUUAUAUUAGAGAUAUAGAUAUAUUCUCAAGAGUUGAUGAAGAAGAAGAAUAAAGUAAAGAAAAUCUUACUAGAAAAAUACCUUCAAAUCCUAUUAAAUCUAAUUAAUGUUUAACAUUUGAAAGUGAUCUAAAUCUAAAUAUAAAGUAAUUAGAUUUGCCUAUUUACAAUGAAAAUGAACGCUAUUUUGCUCCAAAACGAGAUGUUACUAAAAUGAAAUCAAAUAUACUUUAAUAAUUACAGAAAAGAACAAUAAUUAAACCUAAAAAAGAUUCAAACACUCCUUCUUCUAUAAUGAAAUAAUCUUCAAAGCUUAUAAGAUAUCCAGUAGACAUAAUAUUUAAUUAACAAUAUGUUCAUAAAAAUUAAGACAAUCUUAAUUAAAGUGCGAAUAAUUCUUUUAGAUCAUUUAUAUCAAAUAGUUAACCUUCUUUAUCUUCAAUAGAUGGAAUUCCUGGAAUGAUAAUCUGA